AUGCAACAAACUAAAGUUCGACCUAGCAUUCCACUCGGACACAACUACAUGAAGCUGACUCCUCUGGAUCAGUACAUGGUGCGUGUGAUCUUGCCCAUGAUGUGUGUCUUCCGGCUCAACGAGAACGUCGACCGAUCAGAGGUGGUUCGUAAUCUACAAGUCGGCUUGGCCCACACUAUCGAUGAGAUCAACGUUCUUGCAGCCUAUGUCGUCCCUGAAGAUCCGCGCCGAGGCACAAUCCAGCUGGAAUUCGAAGAAGAUGCUGGUAUCGCCUUCUUUGUCAAAGAUAUGCCUGGAAUCAGGUUCGACGAUUUGGCCAAACGCAAUUUCCCAUUCUCGGAAGUGGAAGCAUCUGGAUACUCUCCUGAGCCCUUAGCACAUACUAAAAAGAGCCCUGUGAUGACGGUUCAAUUGACAUUCAUCACUGGUGGUCUGGUUCUUGCUUUCAAUGGGCAUCAUUCCGUGCUAGAUGCACAGGCAUUAGGUACUUUUGCCGAGACUUGGGCAAGGAAUGUCGACGCUGAGUCGCGUGGAUGGAUAGUCGCGAGUUCAGAGCGCAUCCAAGCAGAUUGUCUGGAUGGAUCAUACCUUCUCGGUGGUCACUGUAAAAAGCCGCUUUCAGAGUUCCAGACUUACAGAUCAAUAUCGGACUGUCAGUUCCAAAAGACACAGCGGCACAUUCUCGAGUCAGCUGUAAAUGGCAAUCGUGGAAAGCAAGAACGUUUGGUUAAACUAUCCCACUGGAUACUACCUCUCGAAGCGAUCGACCGAUUGAAACAGGCCACUCAGCCGCCUUCUCAUGACCUCCCAUUCAUGACUGAAAAUUCGUUAAUCUCCGCUCUCGUUUGGCGCUGCAUAACUCGAGCUCGACGAAGCGCGGGAAUUUCCAUUGACAGCAGUUCAAUCCUCAGCUCGGUCAAUGUGCGGAGACGCGUUGAGCCACCAUUGCCACUUGAGUACGUCGGCAACGCAAUCGUUCUAGCACGUGCAAAUACUCCCGUUGAUGAACUACUCUCGGACAGAUGUGGAUCUUUAUAUGAGCUUGCUCACCAGAUAACUGACUCGAUUAACUGGUGGACCUCCGACCGUAUCUGGGAAUUUGCCGGAACGAUCGAUGCCAGCGAAGAUGUAUGCAAUUUGAUGCACCCGGCAUCUGGCUACGAUGUACUGAUCACAAGCCCUUCCCGAUUGGGAGAUGUUCUAGGAAAUGCAUCAUGGGGAGAUGAUUUGGGCUCUAUCCAGGCUCUACGCUUUUCGUUCCCAGCGUUCAUGGACGGCUUCGUUGUGGUACUUCCGAGCAUCCGAGGAGGCCAAGAGAUUAUGAUAUGGACAAACCCAAGGGUUUCUAUGUGUCUUGGAAAAGACUCUGAAUGGUUGCAAUGGGCUUCAGUAGCCAGCUGA